GAUCGUUUUCAAGAAGCCAGAAAAGAUGCGCACUUGGUCACCACCCGAACAUUGCGGCAGUGGGCAAUGGCUGCCGCGGCCCCGUUGCUCUCCGAAACUUUUGAAUUUCAAGCUUCACAAUCAUGGUGCGAAUCCUUCAAGUCCAAGCACAAAAUUCGGCAGCGCCAUGUUACAAAAUACGUGAGCUCGAAAGAAAAACGUACGUUUGAUGAAUUAUUGCGAAUCGCUGCUGAAUUUCAACAUCAAACAUCCAGUGUGAUAUCAAACUUCGAUCCUGAUUUUGUAAUUAAUACGGACCAAACCGGGUGCGAAUAUCGUAUCAGUAGCAACCGAACAUUAUCUUUCCGAGGUGAAAAAGUCACGCAAGUUGCUGUCGGCCAGUUGAAUCAACUGACACACUCAUAUACCGCCCAGUACGGGCUAACACUUUCUGGAAAGCUGCUACCCAUGGUAUUCAUCUGUCUCCAAGAGCCUAAUAGCAAAUUCGGUCCUCGAGUACAACAAGAGGUGACACAAAUGAUGGACAAAUAUAAGAACGUGUAUAUAACCGCCACAAAAUCUGGAAAACUCACGAAGGAUACAUACAAUCUCUUUUUGGAUAAAGUUUUAAAACCUUACGUAAAAACGGAACCAUUUUUGUUCAUAAUUGAUUCGUGGGGUGGGCAAAGCGACGUCUCCAUGUAUGAUGGGAAAUUCGUGGAUGAGGACGGAAUGCCAACUUGUUCGUUGAAGGUGAUACCUCCGAAGUGUACUCCGCUAUGCCAGCCGUGCGAUGUAUACUUUUACCGGCAGGUAAAAAACUACAUUCGACGUCUCCAAAACUGCCCCGUCCUGAUUACACUGCGGAGAGAAAUUACAAGUAGACGCGACGCGAUAAAAAUACAUUCUCUGGUGCACAAUCAAUUGCGGGCACCAGCAUUCGAAAAAAUGAUUCGAUAUGCAUGGUUCGCCGCAAAAUUAUCGUUGGAUCGCGAGGUAUUUAAUAACGUCAACGACAUUGUGUUUCCGGACGACGUCCACACUCAAAAAUGCGAUUGCGGCAAAAGUGCCUUCGCACGAUGCUCUUGGUGCAGAGAAUAUUUAUGCUUCGAAUGUUAUUAUGAUAGGUACCAUCCCGACGAAUGCACUGAAUAUUGUUAAAUUAAUCGGAAUAUAAUGUAAUAAUAAACAUAAAAAUUAAGCCACUCACUGCUAUCCAUUUGUUAUUUCUAAUUAUUUUUAAACCUAAUUAAUACCCUGUAGCAUAAUUGGAAUAAUUGUAAUUUAAAUAAAGGGUCCUUGUAUUUCCCAAUAAAAUAAGGAACGUUCGCGCAGCAUACUUUGACGAAGAAUUUGAAAAAAAAAAAAAAAAAUUUGACCGGGAUUCGUACCCGGGGC